UUGUGCCUUGCUGUGCCCCCCAGAGCUGGUGGGAGAUCCUGGAGGCCACCCCAGGGUGCCCAUCACUGGGAGCUGGGAUUCCCAGCUGAUGGGUGCAGAUGGGGGCCGUGGCCAGGGAACUGCUCCUGCCUGUCCCUGGGGUGUUUGCUCUGCUCAGGGACCUGGGGAGCGAUGACUUCAUGGCCUUAUUAAGGACUAAUUUCCAUCGAGGCAGGGAAAAUAAACAAGUGUAGGUGUCAUUUAGCAUGGAAAGUUACUGGGGCUGUGGGGAGGCACUGCCUGUUUUCAUACGUGGCCCGGAUUUCUCCACUUACCUCCACGGGACGAUAAUCCCUUAAAUCCCAAGGAGAUUAAAGGCAGAAAGGAAGGUGGCCGGAGUGUCUCCUUCGCGAUGUUUCCCAGAUGACGAAAUCCCGUGUCUGCCUAACCCCGAUUAACCCGGGCGCUGAGCUCAUCCCCCAAAAAUACCAGGAGCAACAAGGGUGAAUCCCCAUCCCACUUGGCCCCCGGAGGCUGUGGGGAGGUGGGAGCCAUGGGCAGAGCCGGGGGCGAGGCAGGAGCUGCUAUUUUAACCCCAUUAUUCUUCCCGGCCCGGCAGAUCCGGCGAAGCCCACGGCAGCCAUGGCGCUGGUGAAGAGCGGUUGGCUUUGGCGACAGAGCUCCAUCCUGCGCCGCUGGAAGAGGAACUGGUUCGUCCUCUACCUGGAUGGCAGCCUGGUUUACUACCACGAUGAGACGCAGCGGGACAUGGACGGCCGGAUCCACAUCAAGUACAGCUGCCGGGACGUGCGGAUCGGCCGUGAGUGCAAAGACGUGCAGCCGCCCGAGGGGAGGAGCCGGGACUGCCUGCUGACCGUGGUGCUGCGGGACGGCUCCAAGACCACGCUGUGUGCUGAGAGCGAGGACGAUGCCGUUGCUUGGAAGAUGGCCGUGCUGGAGGCUAAAUCCACCCCGGUGCACGUGUACGACCCCUACGACGACGACUACUACCAGACGGUGCCCCUGGACUCCCACCAGGCCGCCUACAUCAGCUCCGGCCACUACGGCCACCAGUACGGAGCUCCCGGGGUGACCCACGUCAUCGUGCGCGAGGAUCCCUACCGCGUCUCCGGGGACCAGAUGGCUCUGGGGCUGCUGGCAGGGGCCGCCACCGGCGCCGCCCUGGGCUCCUUCAUGUGGAUGCCGUGCUGGUUUUAGCGGCCACCAGGCUGGGCCACAGCCCCGCUCUGCUCCCCAGCCCCGCCUUGGAACCUGCCCUGAGCCCCCUUCAGCCUCCCCAAAACACCCUGGGGACAGACUCCCGCACACGCCGCACUCCCAGCCCCGGCUCCUGCAUUAAAUAACGCUCAAGUGCUUCAGAGCCCACCCAAAACCCGCUCCAGAACCCCACAGCAUCCGAUUCCCAUCGGCAGAGGGCCCAGGCAGCUGCCGGGGCUGUUGGCAGAGCUUCCCCACCCCAAAUCUCCACAGGGAGCUGGCUGCAGAAAUACCGGGUUUGGGAGCAAGGGGUACACUUAAUUUGGGAGGAGCUGACUGGGUGUUUUUUUGGCUGGGUGAACCCCACAAUGCAGAGGCUUUUUAAGGGCUUUGUUUUGGGAGAGGCUCCAGCACCGGAGCAGGAGCUGACAUAGGGGAAAGCACAGGGAUGCUCAAGAGGUGGGUAAAAGAUUUAGGAGGAUGAAAACAUUUGCAGGAUUCCACUCCUUUCCAACUCGCACUUGUCCCCUGGGAAUGGCCAAGUUGGAGAAAUGGUGCAAAGCUCUCAGGAACUGGAGUUAAACCUUUGGGAACUAGGCCAUGAAGAGCCCAGGGAAUAUCCCAACCUCUCCAGCCAAAUGAGAGGAGCACACAGCAUCCUCAGUUUCACCCUGAUUUUUGUGAGGGGGAGAAGGACAGCUCUCCUUGGGGACCAGGGAGCCUUUCUGGCAGCCAAGCCAGGAUCUUCAGAGCAGGGAUUUGGGAUUGAGGGGGACACAAGGUCAGGCCAGGGGGGACAAGCAGCAGCUCAGGGUUUUGGUUGGGCAAUGGAAGAGGCGAGGAACAGUUGCCAAGUGUCACCCCUAGAGCCAGGAUGGUAUCCUGGAACGACUGACAUUGAAUUUAGGAAUUACAAACCCCACAGCUGCAUAGAAAACCACCAGUGACACCAGCACCCCAGCCUGCUCCUUCCUGCCUUUAGAGUCCUGGGUCAGCUCAUCCCUGUGCCCACUGGGGGAUUGGGAUAUCCCAACACACCAUCCUCAUCCUCUCCUGCAUUCCCUGCCUCCCUCCUGCUGCGCACCCGCUCCCAGAAAGAGAAAAAAAAUACAAAAAAACCUCUUUGAAGUCUAAUAAAGGCAGCGAAAAACCA